ACCUCACAGUGAUUGUUUCCAGGUGUUAUGGUGUCCACUAUAACCGGCAAGUCUUAAACGCUAGAAUCGGGAAAGAGUAAGAAGCUUCGAAGUCAUUGUGAUAGAGGCCCCAUCACAGACUCCCGUGCGUUUUGGGGCCAAGCAAGCAUUCUCACGACGCCUUGACCUCACAGUGAUAGUUCCCAUGUGUUUUGGUGUUCACUGUAACCGCCAAGUCUUAAACGCUAGAAUCGGGAAAGAGUAAGAAGCUUCGAAGUCAUUGUGAUAGAGUGGGCCCAUCACAGACUCCCGUACGAGGCUUUCGACCCCGACUGAAGUAAAGGAUUAUAUGAUAAGUGAUUCCUCAAGUGAAGAAGGAGCACAGUGGAGGUUUGGAGGACGUACGCUUGGUGAAAGUCCCGCGAGAAAGAAACGAAAGAAAGAAGGAAGGAAAAGGAGUAAGAAAGAACGUUCGAACGCAAGUUAGAAAGAAAGAAAGAAGGAAAGAAAAGAAGCAAGAAAGAACGAGCGAACGGAAGUUAGAAAGAAAGGAUAGAAGAAAGGGCACAGGAAAAGCUUACAAACUCAGCUACAAUUAAUUAUUUUUCUAGUGAUUCAUGGACAAUUAGUGAAGAAUGGAAGCUCUGAGUCCUUAGGAAAACAAUAAUCACUCGUGUCUUUCAAUAAGUUACGAAAUGGCUACAGGCCCGUGAGGGAGGCUUCUGUGGCGGAUGCUUCCUCCACUACGAACUUUAUUUCCACAAACGUACUGCCCUCAUCACAGCCACCAUCAUCAUCAGUCAACUGUAGGACAAACAAAGCCUUUCCCGAUCGAGAACUUUCCGCGUUUUCCCAGCUGGUGCUUGUGAAGGAGCUACUGAUAGUACACUCAUUCUUCAAGAACCAACAUGACCAGGCUGCCGUAGAGGACAUCAACACGUAGGAGCUCAACAAAGGACAAUACAGUGAAAGGAUAUCGCUGUAGGAAAGGCUUAUAUUAAGUCCCACGCCUACUGUAGGACUGCUUCGUUCUGUAGGAGAUCAACUAAGGAAAAGACAGUUGAAGGAAGUCGCUGUAGGAAAGGCUUAAAGUCCUACGCCUUCUUCAGUGGUGCCUCGGUUCUGAAGGAGUUGCAAAUAUACUCAUUCUCAUCGCUGAAGGGCCUCGUGAUGCUGGGGAAGGUGAUGCAGCUGCUGAUGGUGGUGGUUUUGGCGGUGGCGGUGUCGGGAAAGGUCGCCGACGUCACCCCGCCCGCCGCCGAUGUGACGCCGACCUGCCGCGACGGUCCCCGAGGCUCCACGUGUGUCUUUGUCAACGCUGUGCAGGAAGUGGAGGUCGGUGACGGGAGCGUGGUGGUGGCGGCGGCGGGCGUUGCAUCACAUCCGGUCACGUUCCCCUGCCCGGCAACCCUCGACGUCACCAACUCCUCCAUCAACAUCACGAGACGGAGGGCUACAGCGGUGGCACCCGGCCCGUCACGCACGUCGCGGCCUUCCCUGAAUGCGACCCAGACAAAUGUGACGGCGCCACGCGUGGUGUCGGGUGGCCCGUCACACGCCUCCUACCCUUCUCUGAACACAGCGGAGACAACGGAGACAAACGUAACAACCUCCGAGGCCGUGCCGUCUAGUCCGUCACACGCGUCUCAGCCUUCCCUCAACACGACGGAGACAAAGGUGACAACUUCCCAGGCCGUGCCGUCUGGCCCGUCACACGCGCCACAGCCGGAGACAAACGUGACGGCUCCAUUGGCGGUGCCGUCCGGGCCGUCACACGCGCCACAGCCUUCCCUCAACACGACGGAGACAAACGUGACAACCUCCCAGGCCGUGCCGUCUGGCCCGUCACAGCCUUCCCUCAACACGACGGAGACAAACGUGACGGCUCCAUUGGCGGUGCCGUCCGUGCCGUCACGCCCGUUCCAACCCCGCUCGGGUAGGAUGGGGAGAGCUGUGAGGAGGCCACACUUCGUCUCCGUCGGCAGCGGCAGCCCUAAACUGAGGAACACAUCGGAGGUGUCGCCGCCGCCGCCGCCGCCGCUGCCGCCGCCGCCGCCGCCGCUGCCGCCGCCGCCACAGGAGUGCAUCGUGAAUGUCUCGGCGCGGCACUCAACGUUCCGGGAGGUGCGGGGUCACUUCGACGCGGCACAGUUCGAGAACAGCAAGAUCGUCCUUCUGUAUGGAACGUACGACGGGGAGUUGGUUUUGAGGGACUCUGAGGUGGCGAACAUCUCCCUGAGCGGCGAGACAGUGACGAUCCAAGACACCAAGAUCGAGCUGAUCAAUGGCCUGACGGUGAAGCGGCGCCUGGAGAUGCGGCGCGUGGAGGUGGGACGCGUGGCCCGGGGCGGCCUGAUGGUCUACUCCCUGGGGCAGAAGGCGGCGCGGCAGCCACACUCCCUGAGCCACGUGACUAUGGAGCGGAUGGAGGCCAAGUCCCUGGUGGUGACCGGGGCGUUGGUCAAGAUGGCUGACGUGAGCGUGGACGUGCUGGCCAAGGACGCGAUCACCGUGCGGAACGGCGGCGUGCUGAUCCUGACCCGUGUGGCGCUGCACGGCUGCAAGUCCUUCCAGUGCCUCACCCUGCAGCGCGGCGCCAGGCUCGUCCUCAGGAACACAACCAUCAGGAACAGAACGAUCACCAAGAUGGACCUUCGGCCUACCUCAGAGGCCGACAUGUACCCGCUGCUCGCCCUGGUGUCCACGGAUGACCACCCGCCCCUCAAGGUCACCUUCGAUUGGUACUGGGUCAUACUCAUGGGCGUGUGCGGGGUGGUCGCUGGCUUGGUGAUCGGCAGCGCCCUUAUGUGGAGGCGACAGAGCCCCCGUGUGUGCCCCGCCUCCACCUUCACCCUGGCUGACCUCCUCUCCCAUGACCAGCUGCAGGAGGGCGGCAACACCCAGAACCACCUGGUAGACAACGCCACGAGCCAGUUUCGGCCAUCCAUCUUUACCAGGCAGGACUCGGGCCUCACGUCCUCUUCAUUCGGCUCCUACGCGAACCUCCAGACGCCCCCAUCAACCCUUAUGACGAUAACCACGGAGUCGAAUUCUGUGGACUGAUUAAGGCCAAAGGGACCGUCGAGUCUCAGAAAACUGUCGCCCAUUCUCGUACACGGCUUCUGUAACGUCCAUUUCUUACAUCAAUCGUGUCUAAAUAAUUGGACAGCAGAAUUAUGAGUCUAAUUUCUCAUCUGUAUUGCCUAAGGUACAGGUGAUGCAAUCUGGUUAGCGUCGGAGGUGAUCAGUCAGUUACCAAAGUCAACGGCUGAAACGGAGAGGAACAUGGCGAGAGUAAACACUAAACAGCUCUCAGUGGAGUCCAAGACAUUCCCAGCCGCUCACACUCAAAAGGACCAACUUCAGCUCAUUGUGACUGUGAGUAAACGGGUCUCCAAACAGACACCGGUGAACGAGAAUUGACAGAUAUACAGACACACUGAUUCAUUGCUUGUGAUUGUGUGUUGUUGUUUAAGAUCUUGUUCCUCUGUAGGGCGAUCUGUCGACGAGGAAUAUAUGCCGUGCGUGAAAUGUGACAGGUUGGUGAAAGACAUGAAUGUUUGCAUGCGUCUACUAUUGGGGACUUUGUGUAUACCGCAAAUGUGAGAUUGACGCGAAAUUGCGAUAUGCGAAGCGAAUGAAUUGGUGUAUAUAAAGAUAGCCUACAACGGGACAGUGUUGAGCGGAAAAAAAGAAUGGGAGAUUAUGGUGUUUUGGAGUGUUAAUUAAGUUAGCAGUGAAGAAAUGUACGCGGCAUAUGAUGGUGUGCACGAGUACUGAAGAAAAGAAGAAAAUAAGUGUUAACCAGAGAGACUAUAUAUGGUUAGUGUGCUGGCGUCGGAACAGUCAAGAGAGAGAGAGAGAGAGAGAGAGAGAGAGAGAGAGAGAGAGAGAGAGAGAGAGAGAGAGAGUAGUAUACAUAAACUAUGAAAUUAUAAAGAUAUAUAGAUGGUUACAUGCUACCAGUGACGAGCUCUCCUGCAUUACGAUACCCAUGAUUAAUUAAAUGACCUGAUUGUUUCACUGUGUUACGCCAGGGGGUAUAUUUUUGGGGGUAUUUGUAUGGGGGGUGCUAGUUUGGGGCGCGGAGGGCUGGGUGGCUACGAUGCCUGAGACGAGAGACAUGCCCUUCUGCCCCUGCAUGCCCUGCCCGCUUCUGUGAGCCCUGUGCGUGUCUGUGCCCCCUCUGAGUACUGGGAUUUACUGUGCCUUGUAAACCAGUGUUCUGUACGUGUUGGAGUUGUUACGUAAAGUGGAAAUCCUGCACUGUGAGCCUCUUUGCCCUGUCUUGCCCCUCGUGGUGUUCUGGCGGCCUUGGGGAGUGUCGGAGUGGUGUGCCUUGCUGGGUGUUCACGGCCCGUUAUGUGGUGGUCUGGGGUUGUGGCACACCGCCUGCCCGUGCUUGGAGUCCGGGGUGUAACAACUUAUUAAAAUAGUCUACGAAUAAACUAUCAUUUUCUUUAAUGUUGUUAGCGGGGUGACUUUAAUAAAAUGAAAUACACGGCGAACUUCACUAGACCGUCUUUAUUUGACAGUAUCCUCCUCUCAAAGACUUGCCGCAGAGUUAUACAAGUAAAGCAUAAUAGAGUUCGUGUGGUCAAAAGUGUAUUAUGAGAUUGAUAUGUUUUCCCAUCUGUUACAAUUAUUUCUAUGCGUAUAUGACCUGCCCAAGUUAUUUUCUUAUUCCUAAUCAAUAAAACAUGCUCAACCUUUGUCA